AUGACGUUCGACGGAAAACUACCAUGGUCAAAGGAUCAGAAUUUUGUGACCAAAAUCAAAUCAGUCAACCCCGUUGAGUCAUUGCUCGACCCUGGGAGGGAAGCGUACAACUCGGCAAUAUCGAGUUCUCAAAGUGAACACGAAUCGUUCACUGCUGUUGUGACUCAAGAUUUCGUCGAUGGAGCACCAACAAGACCAACGCUCUUCGGAGAAUCUAGCGCGGAUGAAGAACUAAACUGGAUUCGCGCCUUACAAAAAGAUGUGAAGACUUUUGAGCGCUCCGGGAAUCUGGACUGUAUUAAGGCUAACUACAAAUCCAUGUACAACGGACAAUCCGAGACGCAAGGGCCUAUAUUCAUCGUGAUAGCCCCUUUACAAAAUGGUACUAAUGUGCUCUUUUGGGAUGGGCAUGGUAACAGCUUCAAUUCUGGCGCAAAGGAAAACGAUUGGGGCGAUACAUAUAACGAGCUGCUAGCUCACCCUGAUUCGUGGGUGCCUUUGAAAGAUGGCACUGCGACACAAUAUUGUCUUAUCCAGCAGGUACCAGAGAAGUGUACUCUGGAUUGCUCUCUUGGCCUGCUCAUUCUCAUCACCAUCAUGAAUGCAAUCAAAUGCUUUUGCAUGUUGCUUCUAUUCAUCCACCAGAAGGCCCCGCCAUUGAUUACUGUGGGAGACGCCAUCUCAUCGUUUCUCGAUGAGCCGGACAUGACCACUCAAGCCUACUGCUACCUGGACUACAAUGCGAUACAAUGGUCUUAUGACGAGCAUGCUACUCAGCUCGGAAUGGACCAAGUUCGCCCACAAUCGCAAGACCCUCCGCGUUACGGCUCCAUCAGGCGAUCAGCGUUCAACCUAUUGGUUACAACUGCCCUACAAAUACGCCACCCCCUUCUCAUAUCCUCUAUACUCCUUCACUGGCUUGUCUCUCAGGCAAUAUACUAUACGCGACUUACUACGUAUGAUCCUGUAGGAAACGUUGAUGAAGUUUAUUCAGUCUCUGCUACCGCCUUCUCUCCCAUCGCCAUAAUAUUCUGUAUCAUCGUCGGCGGAAUCAUGCUCAUCACACUAGUCGCAAACGGCUUUCGAAAGUACAAUACAGAAAUCCCUCUUGCUGGUAGCUGUAGUGCUGCUAUUAGCGCAUUCUGUCAUCGACCCGGAGAUGACGCGGAUGCGGCGGUGUUGCCUGUGAAGUGGGGUAUGAUUGAAGGCGCCCAGAACCAAAGAGUGGGACAUUGCUCUUUCACAAGCCACAACGUCUCAGACCCAGUCCCUGGACACCUCUACGCAGGUCUCUAG